AUGGGCUUAUGCAUAUCGUCCGAGGAGCGAGAAGAGAGAGCUCAUAGUCAACGUAUCGAUAAGGCUAUUGAAGAGGACAGCAAACGUUUAAAACGCGAGUGCAAACUACUGCUUCUCGGCAGUGGAGAAUCAGGAAAAUCCACCAUUGUCAAACAAAUGAAGAUCAUCCAUCAAAGUGGAUAUAGCGAUGAUGAGCUCUAUGCUUGGCGAACCACUGUUUAUCGCAAUGUCAUGGAAUGUGCCCAAGCGCUGGUCGCUGCUGUGAACAAGUUUCAGUAUACUUUUCAGGAUCCGAAUAAUAAGCAAUAUGCUAUGCGUAUUCUCGAUUAUGAAGUGAGCGGUCCCGAUAAUCUCGAUCAACCCCUUUUGCCUGAUCUCGUGGAAGCCAUUGUCAAUGUUUGGAAAGACCCCAUCAUUCCACGUCUCCUGGAUGAAGAAGCAAACCAAUUUUAUUUGAUGGAUUCUGCACCCUACUUCUUUGAACAGGUGAAGCGUAUUGGUAGAACCGAUUACAAGCCGAACGUACAAGACGUUUUACGUGCUCGCUCAAAAACUACCGGCAUCACAGAAACCAGAUUUAAGAUGGGCCAAAUGAGCAUCCACAUGUUUGAUGUGGGAGGUCAAAGAUCCGAAAGAAAAAAGUGGAUUCAUUGCUUUGAAGCUGUAACGUCGAUUAUCUUUUGCGUUGCCCUCAGUGAAUACGACCAAGUGCUAUUGGAGGAAUCACGGCAGAAUCGUAUGAUGGAAAGUCUAGUGCUUUUCGAAUCGGUGGUCAAUAGCCGAUGGUUUUUACGGACGUCCAUUAUCCUCUUUCUCAACAAGAUUGAUCUUUUUCGUGCAAAGUUACCCAAAGUUCCUUUGGAUCGCUAUUUCCCUGACUAUGGCGGCGGUCCUGAUCCUGCCAAGGCUGCAAAGUAUAUUUUGUGGAGGUUUACUCAAACCAAUCGAGCAAAGUUGAAUAUAUACCCACACCUAACCCAAGCAACGGAUACAUCCAAUAUUCGACUUGUGUUUGCUGCCAUCAAGGAAACCAUUCUACAAAAUGCAUUGAAGGAUUCGGGUAUUCUGUGA